GAGACAUGGAUGAUGAGGAGUUGAUCGCUCAUGUUAGAAGGUCUGGAAGCGGAAUUGCAAGGGCAGGCUCCAAAUAUCAUGGAGUCACGAGGUCUAGCAGCCAAUUUGCAAGUGCAGGCUCCAAAUAUCGAGGAGUCACUAGGUACUUUGAAACUGGCAGGUGGUUCGCUUACAAGGCAAGCAAGAAACGUGGACAAUAUAUCAGGACUUUUGGUUCUGAGGAAGAAGCUGCGAUGGCAUAUGACAUUGAGACAAUCAAAAAGAAAGGCUGGAAUGCACAAACAAACUUCAGCCUAGCUCUGUACGAUGUCGCCGGAAUUCGGGCGGGAACCGCAAAUCCACCAAUCACUGAAGAAGCAGCCAAGUACCUUCAGCAGGCAACAAUGUGGAGCUCUUCGGGGGAAGCUCAAGGCCACAGCUCGUCUGGAUACCAUUCCAUUCUGCACCAGGCUCAGAUAUCAUUCGUCAGAUACUCGCAGACUCUGAUGCACAUCUUAUCUGCACAUUCGAAUUUCCAAACUCACAAUGUGGCUGGUUCCAGUGCACAACACAUGUUUUCGCAUUCCAGCUCCAGCCCCUUCAAGCCCUACGUCAAAAACUAACUUAAGUAAGGGCUAAAAGCACUACACAUAAACUGGUUCUGAUAUGAUUCAGAUUGGUCAAAUUGUAGUGCUUUC